AUGCUUCAUCGCUCCAUCGUGCCAACCAAAUCCAUCUCAAUAGUCAGGAUGCAGCCUGGGGCUAAUAUCGAAAAAUACGAUAGCUUCCUCUCAAGAAUCUGUGGGCCAUCGUCCAGCACAUGGACCGAGGCUCAGGAAUCUGCGUUGCUCGAGCCCUAUACCUACAUCACCGCCAACCCAGGGAAAAAGGUCACGGACAAGUUUGUCGAAGGCUUCAACCUUUGGCUUAAUGUCCCGAAAGACAAACUCAUGGUCGUCAACCGUGUUGUGGAUCUUCUUCAUAAUGCUAGUCUCUUGGUAGACGACGUAGAAGAUGACUCUCAACUGAGACGUGGGAUUCCAGUCGCGCAUAAAAUAUACGGUGUCCCUCAAACCAUCAAUACCGCCAAUUACGUCUACUUCCUAGCAUAUCAUGAGUUGUCUGCUCUGAGGCCCACAGUGAGGCGUCGCGCUUGCACUUCAAACGCAGGUCCAGACAAUAGGCUCGGGGACGACAGUCCCGCCACCGACAAGUCUGAUUUUCCUAAACGCAUCGUUUCCGAUCACGACUUGGACCUUGUAGUGAAUGCUGAGCUCAUGUUACUCCACCAUGGGCAGGGCUUGGACAUCCUCUGGCGUGAUACCCUCCGCUGUCCCACAGAAGAUGAGUAUGUGCAGAUGGUGAAAGACAAGACGGGCGGUCUUUUGAGGAUUGCUGUCAAACUCAUGAUGGCAUGCGCUACCACAAACACGAACUACUCAGAUAACAAGGGCUUUGCAGAAGAUUUAUCUGAAGGAAAAUUCUCCUUUCCUAUUGUUCAUGGCAUCCUCGAACAGCCCGAAAACCAACAGAUCAUGAAUGUCCUGCAAAAGCGCCCCAAGACUCCUACCCUCAAACAUCACACUAUCGACUAUCUCAAAAACACUACCAAGUCGUUUGAUUACACCCUGGCAGUGCUCAAAAAGUUGGAGCAACAAGCUAGGGGAGAACUUGAAAGACUCGGUGGAAAUCCGUUGUUAUCUGCACUUUUGGACAAGCUUCAUGUCAAUGCAUGA